AGAAAAAAAAAAUUUGCCUAGUUUGCAUGUCAGCUUUUCUUUUAAAAAAAAUUUAAAUGUGAAAUGUAUAGAUCACAAAAAUUUAUGUACAGUAUUCAUGUCGUAUACGAAAUAUUUGAAAAAAAAAAAAAAAAAAAAAAAAAAAAAAAAGAUUGUGUGAAUUAGAUUCGAGAUAUCAGUAAAUACUUGUGACUUCAUAUGUUAUUUGCAGAUCUUAAUAGCUUGGAAAAAUCGUACAUAAAUUGAACUUUAAUUAGUUUGCUUAAAAUUCUGAAGAAAUAUUAUAUUCUCUUAAUAUCUAGAAAUUCAUAUGAGUGGAUGGAGUAAUAUUGCCUUAGAAGUGUACCACAGGAGUAUUAGGUUCGUAUACAAAGAUCACUUUGUGUACGUCUAAGUACAUAAGACAUUUAGACAUGGAAUUAUAAUUUUUUUUUUUGAUUUUUUGACAAGGAACUUCUUUCGUAUGAUGCAAGGAGUAUAAAACUCAAGCAUUUUAUGAUUUUAAAAUGCCUGUUUUUGCAGGUGAAGAGUUUCAAUGGACAUUGUAUAAUGUGAAAGUAUAAUAUGUAAAUUUAAGAUAUAUAUUAAGAGUUUUUAAAACGAAUGCGUUAAAUGUACUUACAUUUUACAUUAAAUAUAUCUUGGAUGUGUGCAAGUGCAUUGAUUAUUACUAAAGCAAUGUACUAUUAUUACUAAAGCAAUGUUUACUUAUUACUAAAGUAAUGUGGCAUGGUAUAUUUACUGAAUUCCCUGAUGCAUCUCUCAUAAGCUAUCACUUUUUUAUGCAUUAAUAGAACAGUUGCUUAUAGCAUAUAAUUAGAGAAUAUCUUAUUCACCAAUAUACAUUAAAAAUGCCUCCAGAUACAGUUGAAAAAAACCCCCCAUGUGAUGCAGCGAGGAAGCUAUUAUUGGGGAAAAAAUUUAAAAGAAUUAUAUAUGUUCCUUUUACUGAAAAACCUCAUGAAUGUGAUGUAUGUCAGAAGUCAUUCUUACGUAAAUUUGAUUUGCAGAUGCAUAUGCGUUUUCAUACGGGGGAAAAGCCUCAUGUGUGUCAUAUAUGUAACAAAUCUUUUAUACAGAAAUAUAAACUAGAGAAACACUUACAUAUCCACACAGCUGAAAAUCAAUAUGCAUGUAAUAUAUGCAAUAUACAAUUUAAUCAAAAAAGUGAUUGGGAGUUGCAUAUGUACACUCAUGCUGAUGGGCGAGUGCAUGAAUGUAACAUAUGUAGCAAAGACUUUAUGACAGAGUCAGAUUUUCUGGCUCAUAUGAGAAGACAUCGGGGUGAAAACCCUUAUGUAUGCAAUGUAUGCAGUAAGCCAUUUAUGCAAAAGAAUAAGUUACAACAGCAUAUGAUUGUCCAUUCUACUGAAAAGCCUUAUGAGUGCAGCGUAUGUACAAAAUCGUACAAAUGGAAGCGAGAUUUACAAGUGCAUAUGCGCUGUCACACAGGUUUGAAAUUGCAUACAUGUAAUAUCUGCAACAAAUCAUUUGGGGUAAAAUCUAAUUUUCUUGUUCACAUGCGGAUGCAUUAUGGUGUGAAACCUCAUUCAUGUAAAAUAUGUAGCAAAUCCUUUGUACGGAAAGGUGAUUUACAAGUACAUGUACGCACCCACACCGGUGAGAAACCGCACAUGUGCACUAUAUGUGGUAAGGCAUUUUUGUUAAACUGUAAGUUGCAAAUUCACUUACGUAUUCAUGCUGGGGUGAGACCGUAUACUUGUGCCAUAUGUAAUAAAUCAUUUGUGACAAACUCUGAAUUGCGUGGCCAUAUGCGUACUCAUACGGGUGAAAAACCAUAUUCCUGUGAAGUGUGUUUCAAGGCCUUUACAGAUAGAGGAGCUUUAAGGAAGCACACAUUUACUCAUACUGGCGAAAGGCUUCAUAUAUGUGAAAUAUGUAAUAAAUCAUACGUGCAGAGAUGUGAAUUACGGGCACAUAUGCGUAGUCAUACAGGAGAGAAGCCUUAUCUAUGCAACAUAUGUACCAAAUCAUAUGCACGUAAAAUUAGUUUGCAAGAUCAUAUGUGUACUCACACAGGUGAAAAACCACAUGUUUGUGAUAUAUGUAACAAAUCGUUUGUGCGGCAUGGUGAGCUACGGAUGCACAAACUUAUUCAUUCCGGCAUAAAACCUCAUGAAUGCAAUAUAUGUAAUAAAUCUUAUUUGCGAAAGUGCGAAUUGAAUGAGCAUAUACUUACCCAUACGGGUGAGAAGCCGAAUGUUUGUCAAACUUGCAAUAUGCCCUUCACGAGAAAAAGUGAUCUGAGACGACAUAAAUUUAUUCAUUUGGAGGAACAACCUUAUAAGUGUAACUUUUGUACUAAAUCAUUUUUCCAGAACAGUAAAUUAGAGGAACAUACGCAGAAAGCACAUAUGGGAAAAGAAAGCUUGUAACAGAAUUGAGGUAUCUUGUGCAAAAAAAUAUGUAUUAAAAGUACACAAUAUAACUCCUAUAGAUAGGAAAAUUAGAUGAUAUUAAUAUGUGCUCAUAUCUUGCUUUGUUAUCUUGUUAACUCUGGUAUGCUAUGUACUCAUAUAAAAAAAACCUUACAAUCAUUAUAUAAGUUAUAUUAGUAUUAUGUUACUGGGAUUUCUUCUAAAAACCUCAAGAAUGUGAUGUAUGUCAGAAGUCAUUCUUGCAUAAAUUUGAUUUGCAAAAAAUUGGUAAAAAUUGAAACAAAAGUGUAAUAUGCAGGUAAAUGAAGUUCACUUUAAAUACUUUUAAUAAAUAAAUACAAUUUAUUUUAAAAAGGAAAA